AUGGGAACCUGCACUGAUAUGAAGGAACAGAUGACAUUGCUGAACAGGCAGCUUCAGGAGACAACACUCCGUAACAAUCAACGAGAUGAAGAAGCCUUUGUGUUGAGAAGGGACAUCAGGCUGCUGAAAAUGCAACUUGCUUCAUGCAGUUCAACAGCCUCAGCUGUUACUGGCUUUCUAAAAGUCCUUGCACUAACCAGGGAGGUAACAACACUUCAGAGGAGGAUCAAACUGGCUACUAAUUCUACUGAAACUGAAACCAGAGUGCUACACAAUGAGAUGCAAGCAAAGAUGAACGAUCUGUUAGCUAAGAAGCAGCAAAUGGACAAACAACACUCAAACUCAUCACUCACUCUACAGAAACAACUGAACGCGAAGCUCAGGGAGCUGCGACUACAAGGAGAUGUCAGCUCAGCCAUGCUGGAGGUGAUUUCUGUGCACAGUAAGAUUGCAGUGGCACAGAGACUCAUCAGUGCCCACAUUGACAAAUCCAGAACUAAUUAUAUUGAUUACCAGAUGCAAAUGAAACAAAAGAGUGAGCUCCUGACAAAGAAGAUUUUACAAUUGAAUCGUGAGGAGAAAAACAAAGAACUAACAAAGGAAAUUUUGAUUCUGCAGAGAGAAUUGGAGGACCAGACAACAUCCACAAGCCAAGCUGCCACUCUUCUGCCUCUGCUUCAAGCCAAAGAAAGGGAAUAUGCCAAAGCUCAGGCUGACAUAAAGGAACUGCAGAGGCUGUUGCAAGAGAAGAGAAAAGAAUGCUCUGGAUAUGAGGAGAGACACUCAUACUUAAAGACUGAACUUGAACAGAAGAUUGCAGAACUAAAUAGAACUGGAGACUCCAAAGCAUCACUCAUUUUGAAUAUAAUAAACCUGCAUGAUGAGCUGAAAACUCUGAAGGAUUUGAUCUCUACGACAAAAGACCCAGACAGGAUCUCAGAUCUGCAGAGGCAGCUGGAGGCGAAGGGAGACGAACUAAAUUACAAGACUGAAGACAUGGAGAGAUUGGUUGUCAACUACAACACAAUUUUAUCAAUCAUUGAGCUGCAGCAGGAAAUCUGGCACCUGCAGAAAAAGGCGACCAAUGGAACUACAAGCAACCGUGAAAGAGAGUUGCAAACCAGAGUGGAUGACCUCAUCAGUGAAAUAAACCAAGGCGACGAAAACAUAAAACUGAUGUUGAAAAUCAUGACGCUGCAGAGUCAGGUGGAGCAGCUGCAGAAACAGAUUUUAGACCUCAACGUGGUAAAAACCUCCAAGAUACCCCAGCUUGAAAAUGAUCUUUCUACCAAAGAGGAGGAGCUGCAGAAAUACAUUGAUGAGCUGAGGAAGACGAAUCAGUCAAACUCCCAAUUGAUUCUGACCAUCACUGAUCUGAACAACCGGCUCAGAAAACUACAAGAAGAAAAUCAAAGCAAGGGCCAAUCAGCUUCUGUAACAGUUACUAAGCUAAAGGAGCAACUGAAGAUAAAAGAAGAGGAGCACCUUAGGGAUCAGGUUAAGAUCAGAGCUCUGCAGAAUGAACUGAACCAGACGGCGGCACAGUGUUCCAGCUUUGGGCAGAAAAUUAAAGAUCUGCAGAUUGAUCUGGAUGAGAAGAUGAAGAAACUGCAGUCUGAAUCUGACAGUGUCACUUCACUUGCUCUUCAAGUUUCUACAUUAACCCUGCAGCAGGAGGAGUUAAAUAGACAACUACAAAACACUGAUUCUAAAGACAAGAUCCAAGAGCUUCAAAAACAAUUAGAAGAAAAGAAUAACGAGCUGGCCAAAAAAACAGAGGAGCUGAAAGCAAGAAGCGCUCAACCCCAAAGAUUUCUACAUAUUAUCUCAAUCCAAACAGAGAUAGAAAGGUUAGUGAACGUGGCAGCAAACAACACAGAUUACAGUAAAAUCAGAGCAAUCCAGGACCAUUUGAAUGAUCUGAUCGAAGGAAUUGAAGAUGAAAACGGUGAAAAUACCAAACUGGUUUUUAAGAUUUUGACUCUUCAAGAAGAAAUAGCACGACUGAAGAAGCAAGAAGAGAGUCAGUCAGAAGCUCAGUUAAAGAAAAUUAAAGAUCUGGAGAGCGAACUGGAGGACCUCAGAAAUCAGAUAACAUGGAAGACGCUGUUGCUGGUCUCCAGUGAUUUGAAUUUUUCUAAUCUGUCGGCUCAAAUUAUGGAACUUCACCAGAAAAUCAAACCACUGGAAGAUGAAAUAUCAAACCUCAAAGACGAACAUGCUGAGAACCUUGCAGAGCUUGAGGCGAGACAGAGUUUGACAAAGAGGCAACUGCAGGACAGCGAACUUCGACUCAAGGAUGCAGACACAAAGAAUUUUCAACUGAUGAUGGACAUCAUUGAUCUGAGGGAACAGCUGACAAAGGCUCAGAAAAAGGCAUCAAAAGCUGCUGGAAAAAUUAUGAAUGAAUUGGAACAACAACUUCAAACACACCAAAAAGAGAAUAGAAAACUGGAAAAUUCAAACAGAGACUUAAAACAAGAGGUUAAAGAACUGAAGAUGUGCUGCAACAAUCAGAACACCCUCUGUGAAGAUUUACAGAGACAACUGCAGCUGAGCCAGGAGGAUGUGAAUCUUCUGGAGCAACAGCUGCAAAACAGGGAUAGCCGCCUCAAACAGCUGCGGCACGAGUCAGAGGAACAGACGAGGCAGUCUAACAGACUGCAGCAUGAAUAUCAGAAACUGCAAAACGAGAAGAACAAACUUGAGGAGACGUUACAAGGUCUUCAAAACCAAUCCAUUGAUGUGGAAGAUAAGAAGAUCUAUACCAGGAGGAUUACUUUGGAUCCGAACACAGCAAACCCAAGAAUAGUUCUGUCUGCAGAUAAUACUGAGAUGUCCACUGUUGAAGAAAUACAAAACGUCCCUGACCACCCAGGCCGCUUUGAUGUGGUACUUGCCACCCUGGGCAAGACUGGGUUCUCAAGUAAAAGAAAUUACUGGGAGGUGUCUGUCACUGAGAAUUCUUGUUACCACCUCGGGAUGGCCAGUGAAUCUGCUCCAAGGAGAGGGUCAGUUAAAUUCAGUCCAUCAAACGGCUUCUGGACUAUAGUUAGGAACAAACAAGGCCAGUACAGGGCUAUUGAUAAAAGACCUGUUAUACUUCCAGUGCAGUCGCAGCCUCUUACACUGGGUAUUCUGCUGGACUAUAAUAAGGGACAGAUCUCUUUUUACGAUGCUAAUGCCAGGUCUCAUAUAUACUCAUUUCAAAGGCAAAGGUUUACUGACAAAGUCCAUCCAUUCAUCAAUUUUUGUGUCGAGGACACUGAGAGACGUGCUCCCAUUGUUUUAAUUACUCCUGGAUCAACUGACUGGAUUCAAUAGGUGGUGAUUGAAGUUUUAUCCAUGUACAGUAUCACAUUGAUAAUUACCUUGGUAGGUAAAAAAAGAAUCCCUGUGAUUGCAGAAUAGUUUACAUACUUCUGUUAUUAAUGCUGUUGAAUAUUUCAGACAAUAAAACAAAACAAAUAUACAACAAUGCAAUUUAUUUAAUCUUAUGUGUGUAAAAAAA